CGUUCCUUGUGCGAGACUCGCUGCGGUGAGCGGUGGUGAGGAAUUCCCGGUGAGCGGUGGCGAGGAAUCUCAUCAUCAUCAUCACGUGCCGACGCGGAACGGAACGGACGGAGAGAUGAAGAUCUUCUGCCCGAUCUGCAAGUGGCUCGUGGUCAGCCUGCCCGCCCUGGAGGACCACAUGAAGCGGCACAGGGGGUGGACGGAGCCCACGCUCUUCCAGUGCCCCCACUGCCCGUUCAACACGGACACGCUGAACGUCUUCAUCGAGCACCAGGCGACGCACGACGCGCGCGAGUCUCACAAGUGCGCCAAGUGCGGCAAGGUGUUCAUCGACGCCGAGGUUUUCCGCGAGCACCAAGCGGCGCACGCCGAGGAGAAGCCCUACAAGUGCACCGAUUGCGAACUGGCGUUCAACCGCUCGGAGGAUCUUCACGAGCACCAAAAGACGCACGCCGGCGGCAAGCCCUACCACUGCACCGUCUGCGGGAUGGAGUUCACGCGCUCGCUGCAGCUCCGCAACCACCAGAGGAUCCACACGAGGGAGAAGCCCUACGGGUGCGCCACGUGCGGAAAACGGUUCGCUCUCUCGGGGACGCUCUUCGUCCACAACAGGAUCCACACGGGCGAGAAGCCCUACGGGUGCGCCACGUGCGGAAAACGGUUCGCUCGCUCGGGGGCGCUCGUCAUCCACAACAGGAUCCACACGGGCGAGAAGCCCUACGUGUGCGACGCGUGCGGAAAGGCAUUCGCCGACUCGUGGGCCCUGAGCGUGCACAGGAGGACCCACACGGGCAAGAGACCCUACGAGUGCACGGUGUGCGCGAAGGCGUUCGCAGAUCCGGGGACCCUCUCCACGCACAGCAGGAUCCACACGGGAGAGAGGCCGUACAGGUGCACGGUGUGCGCGAAGACGUUCGCUCGCUCCCACACGCUCGUCGUCCACAAGAGGGUCCACGCGAGGGAGAGCGCCUGCGGCAAGGACGCCGAGGCGUCGACGUCGUCGGGCGGCUCCCCCGACGCCGGAAGCGCGGACGCGGCGGACGGAGGGAGGGUGACGAGGAGCAUGCGUCGCGAGUGCAUCGCGCGCAAGGUCGCGACGGCCGCCCUACCGGAGCCGCCUGACUCUGGGGGUGAGCGCGCGACUUUCCCCGGAGAGGCGGCGGCGAGCCCUCCUCCUCCCGCGCCCGCUGCGUCGGAAGAAGAACGCCGGGAAAAGCCCGCCGGCUUUGUCGGGACGCGCCCGCGGGUAAUGAAGGCGGAUAGCGGAGGCGGAGACGUGUCCUCGGCGAAGGUGAAGGAGGAACGGGAAGGGGACGUCGGAGGCUUCGAGGCGUGGCCGGGGGUGAAGGUGGAGCCCGCUGGCGAGGUUGUUCCGUGCCGCCUCCCCUCCCUGCCGAUCGUGAAGCGGGAGCCCGAGGAUUGCCACGGGAGCGAGACGGAACGCGGAGCUCAGGACUCCUCCGUUUCCCUGUUGAAUGUGAAGCAGGAACCGGAGGAAAUCCCCAGUUGAGACUCGGCUGAGGGGAAGGGGUCAAGUUAGAACUCGGAGCUCAAGAUCGCUCGGUCUCCCUGUCGGUCGCGAAACGGGAACUGGAAGGAUGAGGUCCUCGUUUGAGAACCGAUGUCGAUGUCGAUGCGAACGAUGUGGAGAUGGGAGGAAGACACCGGACAGCCAUGGACCGCCGUUGGCGUGGAAGUAUCGCUAGAGAAUGGGGUCGAGACAAGAGGGUGGAUCACGUGGAGCAAAGGACAAGACCCCUUUCGAUCUGUGCAGAAGCACCUGGAAUGUGAGUGUGCGUGUCUGUGUGUGCAUGGGGGCGGUGGUGCAGCGGUUAGCACUACGCUGCGCUAAUAACCCGGUGACCCGAGUUCGAUUCCCGCUCACGGCCAACACCGGUGACGAUUAUCUGAGCCUCCCCUAGGUCUACACGGCAUGAAAUGAGUACCUGAUGCGAUGUGUAAACAUCGUCGCUGGGGAGACAAAGGCAGCCGGGUGUGGUUGCUGGCCUUCAUAGGUGCUGGCUAAUGGCACUUGUCCCAACAGUCUGUUAUGGGAUAUACGGGGGAUCUUUGUAUUUUUGGCCUCCGCGGCCGAUGCAAACAUUUCCACAUGGGACUGCCCAGCCCACCCCUGGUGACAAAAACGCAUUCAAUUUUCUUUCUCUCUUGACCUCUAAACACCACCUAUACUAAAAUAAUUAUUAUUACCAGAACAU